GUGGACGUGUGUUCGUUUUGCGCAUAAAUUCGUCAAGUGUUGUAUAUGAGACUAUACCCCGUAACCGUAAAGCGAAAGUGACCAGUUUAGCUUAAAGUUAAAGUUAAAAAUAUUAAUUGUUUACGACCGAUCGCGCGAUCGCCGCAGUGCAUGUGCACCGGAGCGAUACCUCGCCGGACUAGCCCCGCCUACGCGCAGGAGCAGGACAUUCACCAUAAUUGCUCUCCCGCUUGCGCGCGCGCCUAAGUGCUUCUUUACGCGCUAAGCUUACGCACCAAUUAUCCGCUGGCCCAGUGCUUAUCGACGUGUGUGCAACCGAUCUUUGGGCUGCGUACAAUGCCGCGCGUUCAACGCUCGCCUACGGCUUCGUCUUCAGUGAACACCAGUGUACUGCAAGCCAAAUCAGACUCAGAUAUACCUGCAGCGGUUUCGAAUAGCCCGGUCAGUAAUAUCAACACUGCGUCGCGUCAGGGCAAACGCCCUUGCCCUGAAUUCUCGCCUGCUAAUGAACUUCAAGACAUAAAACACGAAAUAAUACAAAUGCUAUCCUCGUGGAAGAGAGAACAAGAGGAGCGGCUUACAAACUUUAUCAGCCAGCAAAAUACCUCCCUUUCUAAGUUGGUUUCCGAUAUAGCAGAUCUAAAACAACAGAAUCUUGAGAUCCAAAAAUCAAAUGGUGAAAUAGAGAAAGCUAUAACAUUUAUCACGGAGCAGUACGAUGACAUGAUGAAGAAAAUUGAUAGUUUACAAAAAGAAAACCAACUUCAUAAAGACCGUAUUAUACAUUUGGAAUAUAAGAUUCAGGACAUCCAACAGCUUUCCCGUUCAUCAUGCGUCGAGAUACGUAACGUGCCUGCCGUGGUGAAUGAGUCAGUGUAUGACCUAGCCACGAUUAUCAGCAAAGUUGGUGCAGCAGUCGAUAUGACUCUCAAUCAUACCGAGCUACGAGAUGCGUACCGCUUACCCGGAAAACCAGGAACCAUCAGACCUAUUGUUGCAGAGUUUGUAAAUGUUCAGGUCAAAAACAAGCUGAUCACGAGUGUACGUGACUUUAAUAAAACCCAUCCGAACGAUGAUCGCCUUAAUACUAAAUGCAUUGGCUUACCUGGAGAUCGACGCCCAGUAUAUGUUGCCGAAUAUCUUCCUGCUACUUCCAGAAAACUGUUCUACGAGGCAAGAGAAUUUGCGAAACAAAAAUUGUACAAGUUUUGCUGGACGGCGAAUGGCAACAUUUUCUUACGGAAAUCUGAAGGAUCCAAACAAAUACUUGUCAGAUCUACGGAAACUCUGCGGAAUCUACAAUUAGAUAUAAAGCAGUGACUAAUUUAUAGCUUAAUUCUGUUAUCGACGAACCAUUACUAUAUUUGUCUAAAAGUUACUCAUAUUCAUCUAUCAAAACGUAAGUGCUUAUUUCAUUAUAAAAUCCAUAUAAACUGUAUUAAUAAUCAUUACCUGUUGCUCACAUCUCUUGUAUUAUCAUGUAUAACAAUAAUAUCAAUGAACCAAACAACUUUCCAACAUAAUUUACACUCGCAUCUUUUUACACUAAUUGAACCUCAGACCCCAGUACGAGUACAUACUGUUACUGCAACUUUUGCAGAAACAAUUUGCUAUACUUAUAUUUCAAUUAAAACUACAUAUCCGUAUCGAUUUUGCCAAGUUUAUUGUGUAGAUUAUGUGAAUAGCCUGUGGCACUACUCAUUGCGUCAUAUGUAUACUAAUACACCACACAAAGUCUUCUGAUGGCUAAUGUUACACAAGUUAUUGAUGACAUUGAUCGCACCGCCUUUACAAUGAGUCUAAAACUUUCUUCUGUUGAUGACUGUAAUAUGCACUUGGGGGGUGACGUGGGAGGUCAAUACUCGGUUGUGGUCCAAAAUAUACGAAGCAUCAAUAAGAAUUUUGACAAUUUUUCUGUUCUUUUGAGUCGGCUGAAUUUUUCGCCAGACAUAAUUGUUUUGACCGAAUGUUGGCUUGAUGACACAUGCACCUGUUUUGAAAUUAAUAACUAUGAUUAUCACUGUUCCAAAAACUAUCUAAACCAAAAUGAUGGAAUAGUCGUAUAUACCAAAACAACUCUGCAAGCCUCUGUGGUGGAACCAUCCUUUAAAGACUCGAACUGUUUGAUUGUCAAUAUCAGAGAUGAACUAUCGCUCAUUGCUAUAUACAGGUCUCCAUCUUUCUAUAACAUAAAUAACUUUUGCGAAUCAUUAACAAAGCUCAUGGAGACUUCUAAGGCUACGACAUGUGCGAUUGUAGGGGAUCUGAACAUUGACAUUAAACCAGAUUGUACUGACUGUCGCGCCACCGAGUACCUGGACUUAACCGGCCACUAUGGGUAUUUUCCAGGACACACUUUGCCUACGAGAGGUGAUAACUGCCUAGAUCAUGUUAUGCUAAAAACGCAAAAGUCAGCUACCGUUAUAGUAUGUGACACGGGCAUAACAGAUCACGAGACAGUUAUCCUAGGCAUUCAAAAUAAAUCGGCUAGGACCAGAGUAGAAAAACGACACAUGCGCAUUGACUACAUAAAAUUAAAAACCGAUAUUGAAAACUUGCCUUGGGAAUGGCUUAGUGAGCAGAAAGAUGUCACAACGGCAUUCCAAAUGUUUGUCGAAAUCCUCUCAGCCAAAAUUAAACAACAUACCACUAACCGCGUUUGCCAUAGCUCAGAGGCUAUUAUCAAGCCAUGGAUUACUAAAAGCCUUUUAAAGUGUAUAAGACGACGAGACUUAAUGCACAUUAAUGCAAAGAAAAAAGAAAAUCGUGAUAAUCUAGUCAUUCAACAUGAAUAUAAGAAGUAUCGAAAUCACUGUAACAAUUUAUUAAAAAAUCUAAAACAAGAACAUGACCGUAAACUGCUUAUGGAAACUAAAGGAGACUGUAAAAAGCUAUGGCACGAAGUUAAAAAGAUAUGUAAUAUUAAAAAUAAAAAAUCUGAAUAGUCUGAGCUUUUGACAUGUAGUGAAAACCCUGUGACCACUUUAAAUAAUGUUAACAAUUAUUUCUCAACUGUUGGACAAAACCUUGCUGCUAAAACACUCAGUCUAUUGGGCUUAACUGAAGAUGAAUUAGCACGACAUAAUGAGCAGUACAGCACCGUUAACCCUGACACUAACUCUUUCUUCCUUGCUCCGACUGAUGAAAAAGAAAUACUUAAUAUUAUUUCUUAUCUCAAAAAGACGUCAGCUGCAGGUUAUGAUGGCAUUAAUAAUACUUUCCUAAAGCAGUGUGCACAUUCCUUGGUCAGCCCAAUUGCAUAUCUAUGCAACUUAAGUCUUAUUACAGGCAAAGUACCUGACUGCGUAAAGAUUGCAAAUAUAUGUCCGAUAUUUAAAAAUGGAGAUCCCAAGGUCCCUGCAAACUAUCGCCCGAUUUCUUUACUAACGGCUCUCUCAAAAAUUCUUGAGAAAGUUGUGAACAAGCGACUACUUGGCUACCUAGAGAAAAAUAAAUUAAUUUCGGACAGUCAAUAUGGGUUUAGGGUAGGCAAGUCCACGGAGGACGCAGUAACUGACUUAGCCGAUUUCAUUUCCCUCAAACUUGGGAAAGGGCAGGCAUGUACCGGCAUCUUCCUGGAUAUCGCCAAGGCAUUUGAUACGAUUUCAAGGAAACUCCUGAUUAAAAAAAUGUCCUUUCUGGGAGUUCGCGGCAUUGCUCUGGACUGGUUUACCUCGUACCUCGAUAAUAGAAUUCAGAAAGUCAUUUUCGGGGAAUAUGCAAGUGACACAACCACGGUGAACUUUGGUGUGCCGCAAGGAAGUGUGUUGGGCCCCACCCUUUUCAUUAUAUAUAUAAACGGACUAUGCGCCUUGAAAAUACCACAAGCCAGAAUCUUUACUUAUGCGGAUGACACCGCAAUUGUGUUUUAUGGGGAAACGUGGGAUAAUGUUCAGCACUGUGUUGAAAACGGUAUUAAAACUGUUUCGAACUGGCUACAACAUAAUCUCCUAACUCUAAACGUAGACAAAACGAAAGCAAUAAGCUUUGCCGUCUCCAAACGCACGUCUCCUCACAGUGUUACCUCUCUACGGCUGCACUCCUGCUCCAGUUUAGACAAUUGUAGUUGCCCACGCAUAGAACAGACAGACUCGAUUAAAUAUCUUGGAGUGUUUGUAGAUAAUCGUUUGUCCUGGUCUAAACAAUUGAGUGCCUUAAGGAGUAGGGUUCGAAAGAUGCUCCGUAUUUUUAAACUACUGGGUAGGAUUGCAGAUGACUCAGUUCUAAAGAUGGUGUACUACUCCCUCUGUCAAUCUGUCCUAAACUACUGCAUAACAGCAUGGGGCGCAGCAGGCAAAACCUCAUUUAUUAAGGUAGAAAGAGCUCAGCGAGCUCUACUCAAAGUUGCCUAUAGACGACCCUUUCGAUACCCCACUAACACACUAUACACUGAAGUGGGAGUUCUAAGAGUCAGACAGCUUUACAUCUUAUCUGUUACUCUAAGAUUUCACAAGACCUCCCCUAAUACUUGUAUUAGGUCAAGUAGAAGGGUAUAUUGGGAAAAGAUUCGUUGCCACAAGACAAUAGGUAGAAGUUCUUUCGGUUUUAUGGGACCACACAUCUAUAAAAAACUAAAUGAUCGACACAAUAUUCUGCAGCUUACACCAUCUAAAUGCAAAUCUGUGGUCACGAAAUGGCUUCUUACAUUGGACUAUGACAUGACGGAAGACUUUAUAGGCACAUAGUUACACUAUUUGAUAUAUAUACAUCAAUUAUUCAUAUUCAUAUUGCACAAAUUAAUUACACUAUAUUUAUGUAUUUAUAAAAUUUGUAUUAACCUAUAUAUAAGCAACAUUCUUUCAAGACCGAACUGCAAGCCUUACUGUUUUUGUUUCUGUUUUUUCUUUAUAUGUGAUUUAUUGUAACGGAUGAGCAUAUGAUUUGUGUAUUAAUGUAUAGUAUGAAAUCCUGUCUCCUCUUUAGUACCUCAAAAUCUGUGCAUGAAUUGUAAAAGUGACAACGAAUGAGCCUGGAACUUACGACACAGGGAAUCCUAGUGUAAGUUUCAGGAAUCAAAACAAUUGCUUGUAAUUUAUAAACAAUAAAUUAUUCUUAUUCUUAUUCU